AUGUCGGAUGAUGAAAGGGAGGAGAAGGAGUUGGAUCUCUCUUCGUCUGAAGUUGUCACCAAAUACAAAACUGCAGCUGAGAUCGCUAACAAGGCUUUGAAGUUAGUUAUUUCAGAAUGUAAACCCAAGGCUAAGAUUGUCGACAUUUGUGAGAAAGGAGAUUCAUUUAUCAGAGAGCAAACUAGUAAUGUGUACAAGAAUGUGAAGAAGAAGAUAGAAAGAGGCGUUGCUUUUCCAACUUGCAUAUCUGUUAACAACACAAUCUGUCAUUUCUCUCCGCUAGCAAGUGAUGAGACAGUGUUGGAAGAAGGUGAUAUACUGAAAAUUGAUCUGGCUUGUCAUGUAGAUGGGUUCAUUGCUGCGGUGGCUCACACUCAUGUUCUUCAAGAAGGUCCAGUUACUGUGCGGGCAGCUGAUGUCCUUGCUGCUGCAAACACUGCUGCUGAGGUGGCCUUAAGGCUUGUUAGGCCAGGAAAGAAGAACAAGGAUGUAACCGAUGCAAUUCAAAAGGUUGCUGCUGCCUAUGACUGUAAAAUUGUUGAGGGUGUUCUAAGUCACCAACUGAAGCAGUUUGUGAUUGAUGGGAACAAGGUUGUGCUUAGUAUCUCUAAUCCAGACACAAGGGUUGAUGACUUCGAGUUUGAGGAAAAUGAAGUUUAUGCAAUUGAUAUAGUUACAAGCACAGGAGAAGGGAAGCCUAAGUUAUUAGAUGAGAAGCAAACAACUAUUUACAAGAGAGCUGUUGACAAGAGUUAUCACUUGAAGAUGAAAGCAUCCCGAUUCAUUUUCAGUGAAAUAAGCCAAAAAUUUCCAAUCAUGCCAUUUUCUGCUAGGGCUUUGGAAGAAAAAAGAGCUCGACUAGGUUUGGUGGAAUGUAUGAAUCAUGAGCUUUUGCAGCCAUAUCCGGUUCUGCACGAAAAGCAAGGUGAUUUUGUUGCACACACCAAAUUCACGGUCUUGUUAAUGCCAAAUGGAUCUGACCGCAUCACAUCUCAUCCUCUCCAAGAAUUGCAGCCCACAAAAACCAUUGAUGAUCCUGAGAUCAAGGCCUGGCUAGCCUUAGGCACAAAGACAAAGAAGAAGGGUGGUGGAAAGAAGAAAAAAGGUAAGAAAGAGGACAAGGCAGAUGAGUCAGCCGAAACUGUGCCACAAGACUCAAAUAAUGGCGCCACACCUAAGGAAUGA